CAAUACUAAUAACCAUGAUUUCACUGAUUCUCUCUCCGUAACGUCAACGAGGAUACUUUUUCUAAUACUGUUUAAGGAAGUUUACAAAUAUAUAAACAUUCGUUUAAAAAGACUAAUCAAAUUAUCAAUAUGUCUGGUUAUACUGGACAAAAGAAUAUGUGGGCUAACCCGGAGGAUACUCAGAACCCAUAUAAACACGAACAAUAUUAUUUCGAACAACCUAACCAACAAUUUGAAUUUCAAUCUUAUACCGAACUACCAUCUGAUUACAAAGUUCUUUCACCAGAAAGUUAUUUAGAUCCAAGGCAACGCACUUAUGACGAAUUGUUUCCUCAAGAUGAUUUUACAAGAGGUGAUCACGGUUUUGGAGACGAAGAAGUUGAACCACCUUUGUUAGAAGAACUUGGUAUUGAUCCUGAUCGGAUUAUACAAAAAACAUUGGCCGUAUUAAACCCGUUUCAUAGGAGAGGACAAAUCGAUGAUGCUAAUUAUCUUCUUCAAGAUUCCGAUUUAGCUGGACCGGUUACAUUUUGUUUAGCCCUUGCUGCGUUUCUUCUUUUAGCUGGUUCUAAAGCUCACUUCGGUUAUGUUUAUGGUCUAGCAACAAUCUCAUGUCUAAUGAUGUAUAUUCUUUUAACGUUAAUGAGUAGUACCAAUAAUAUUACAUUAUUAUCUGUGGCAUCUGUAUUAGGAUAUUGUUUAUUACCCGUUGUAACACUUUCAGCAUUUAGUAUUUUUACAACUCUUCGUGGUACUAUUGGUUUAGUUUUUGCAGCUUUGGCUGUUGCUUGGGCAACUUUGUCAGCUUCACGACUUUUGUCAACCAUGUCUGGGGAAAAUAAUCAACGUCCUCUUAUAGCGUAUCCGUGUUUUCUACUUUAUGGAGUGUUCACUUUAAUUAUCAUUUUUUAAAUGAUGAUUUUCUAUCAAAAUAAACAUCUUACAUAUUAAUUAUAUACAUACAUAUGAAACCUUUUUUUUUUUUAAUCUUAAACAAAUGAAAACUUUUAAUUAAUUCCUUUUGUAUUGUAAACUUUAUGAUACUCCUAAAAUUACAAUAAUUUGUCGUUUAGAUAUAUAAUUAUAAAUAAAGUGUAUAUAAUUUUAUUGAAACUAGAAAAAAGAUUUAUUUUAAAUAUAACAUUUGACUUAUAUAUUAAUGAAAUUCUUUUUUCUUCCUAUUUUUUUAAUGAAUUAUUUAAAAU